CUGUCACGAACUUUUUUUUCGCUGCCGCCCCCCCACCAAAAACAAUAUUUCCCAGAGAGCCUAAACAACCUCCUUCCUUCCCACCUUAACCCACCCCCAACCCGACACCACACAACCCCCCGGGUUCAAGCGCUGAACCCGCGUUCUUCUAGACUUCAAUCUAAGCAGUUUUGGCGGGUUAACUGUCUAGAUUGAUUGAAUCCAGUCCGUUAAAAUGUCAUUGCUCCCUCCCGAGGUCCACUCGGCUCUCUCGCAGCUGUUGCGCGCCCUCUCUACCCCCGACAAUGCGGUCCGUACCCAGGCGGAAGAACAGUUGAACAAUGAUUGGAUUCAGAACCGCCCUGAUGUUCUGCUGAUGGGCUUAGCGGAGCAGAUUCAGGGUGCGGAGGAUGUCUUGACCCGCUCCUUCUCCGCUGUUCUGUUCAGAAGAAUGGCGACCAAGACCCGCAAAGAUCCCAUUUCCAAUGAGGCCAAGGAGCUCUUCUCGACCCUGACCGGAGAACAAAGAUUAAUCAUCCGGCAAAAGCUGGUGACUUGCCUGACGAGCGAGUCCGUCACCGACGUUCGCAAGAAGAUCGGAGAUGCCGUGGCUGAGAUCGCCAGACAGUACACCGAUAACGGCGACCAAUGGCCCGAGUUGCUGGGGGUCCUUUUCCAGGCUAGUCAGUCCCCCGAGGCUGGUCUGCGUGAGGCCGCUUUCCGCAUCUUCUCGACCACUCCCGGAAUCAUCGAAAAGUCUCACGAGGAUGCCGUGGUUGGUGUCUUCAGCAAGGGCUUCAAGGAUGACGUUGUUUCGGUGCGCAUUGCAGCCAUGGAGGCCUUCGCUUCGUUCUUCCGCUCGAUCUCCAAGAAGUCGCAACCUAAGUUCUUCCCGCUCAUGCCCGACUUGCUCAACAUCUUGCCCCCGCUCAAGGAGUCGUCUGAGAGCGACGAACUCUCUUCUGCCUUCUUGGCACUCAUUGAGUUGGCUGAGAUCUGCCCCAAGAUGUUCAAGACCAUGUUCAACAACUUGGUCACUUUCAGUAUCAGUGUGAUUGCCGAUAAGGAUCUCAGUGAUCAAGUCCGUCAAAAUGCCUUGGAACUGAUGGCCACUUUUGCCGACUAUGCUCCCUCGAUGUGCAAGAAGAACCCCGAGUUCGCACAGCAGAUGGUCACUCAAUGUCUGAGCUUGAUGACCGACAUCGGUAUUGAUGACGAUGAUGCUGAAGAAUGGAACGCCUCUGAGGAUCUUGAUCUGGAAGAGAGCGACCUCAACCACGUUGCCGGUGAACAGUGCAUGGACCGGUUGGCCAACAAGCUCGGAGGCCAGGUUAUCUUGCCCGCUACAUUUGCGUGGAUUCCUCGUAUGAUGUCUUCUUCUGCUUGGCGCGAUCGCCAUGCCGCGCUCAUGGCUAUUUCGGCCAUCUCGGAAGGUUGUCGCGACUUGAUGGUUGGUGAACUUGACCAGGUUCUUCAGUUGGUUGUCCCCGCUCUUCAAGACCCCCACCCGCGCGUGCGGUAUGCCGGCUGCAAUGCCUUGGGUCAAAUGAGCACAGACUUUGCUGGCACCAUGCAAGAGAAGUACCAUUCUGUGGUGCUUACCAACAUCAUUCCCGUACUCGACAGCACUGAGCCCCGCGUUCAGGCUCACGCCGCUGCAGCCCUGGUGAACUUCUGCGAAGAGGCGGAGAGGAAGAUCCUUGAGCCCUACUUGGCUGAACUUCUGCGUCACCUCCUCCAGCUGCUGCGCAGCCCUAAGCGCUACGUGCAGGAGCAGGCUCUAUCUACCAUCGCCACCAUCGCCGACUCCGCCGAGAACGCUUUCGAUCAAUACUACGAUACCCUGAUGCCAUUGUUGUUCAACGUUUUGAAGGAAGAGCAAUCCAAGGAGUAUCGCCUGCUCCGUGCCAAGGCCAUGGAGUGUGCCACCCUCAUUGCUCUGGCUGUUGGCAAGGAAAAGAUGGGUCAAGAUGCUCUGAACCUGGUACAGCUGCUGGGCAACAUCCAGGCCAACAUUGUCGAUGCAGAUGACCCGCAAUCACAGUACUUGCUCCACUGCUGGGGCCGCAUGUGCCGGGUGUUGGGGCAGGACUUCGUUCCCUAUCUUCCGGGCGUGAUGCCGCCUUUGUUGAGUGUUGCGGCCGCCAAGGCUGACAUCCAGUUGCUCGAUGACGAGGAUCAGAUUGACCAAGUCGAUCAGGAUGAGGGCUGGGAGCUGGUGCCUCUCAAGGGCAAGAUCAUCGGUAUCAAGACCAGCGCGCUGGAGGACAAGAACACUGCUAUUGAGCUGAUCACCAUCUACGCUCAGAUCUUGGAGGGUGCCUUCGAGCCCUACGUGUUGGACACGAUGGAGAAGAUCGCCGUUCCAGGACUUGCAUUCUUCUUCCACGAUCCUGUGCGGGUGUCGUCGGCUAAGCUCAUUCCUCAGCUUCUCAACUCCUUUAAGAAGGCCCACGGCGAACAGUCUAGUGGGUUCGCUGGCAUCUGGAACAAGGUUGCUGAGAAGAUCAUCGAGGUUUUGAGCGCUGAGCCUACCGUGGACACGCUCGCUGAGAUGUACCAGUGUUUCUACGAGUCGGUGGAAGUUGUGGGCCAGAACUGCCUCACCCAGCAGCACAUGCAGGCAUUCAUCGAGUCGUCCAAGUCGACGCUAGAGGAUUACCAGGUCCGUGUCAAGGCCCGUUUGGAAGAUCGCGCCGAGGCCGAUGACGGUGAGGACGAUAACCUGGACUAUGAGUACGCCAUCGAGGACGACCAGAACCUGCUUAGUGACAUGAACAAGGCCUUCCACACCAUUUUCAAGAACCAGGGCACGACAUUCCUGCCUGCUUGGGAACAACUUAUGCCUUUCUACGAUGCGUUUAUCAGCAGCCAAGACCCGACCCAGCGUCAAUGGGCUCUGUGCAUUAUGGACGAUGUCCUGGAGUUCUGCGGCCAGGAGUCUUGGAAGUACAAGGAUCACAUCAUGCAGCCGCUGGCGGCCGGUCUGCAGGAUGCCAACGCGGCUAACCGACAGGCUGCUGCCUACGGUGUGGGUGUUGCGGCGCAGAAGGGUGGCGCCGCCUGGAGCGACUUUGUGGCAGCCAGCAUCCCUAGCCUGCUGCAGGUGACGCAAAUCAACCAGGCGCGCACGGAAGAGCACGUAUUUGCCACGGAGAAUGCGUCGGCAAGUAUCGCCAAGAUUCUGCACUACAACUCGAGCAAGGUGCAAAACGCGCAGGAGGUUGUGGCUACGUGGUUGACCACUUUGCCGAUUACAUUCGAUGAGGAGGCCGCUCCCUAUGCUUAUUCCUUCCUUGCCCAGCUCAUUGACCAACAAAACCCGGCUGUGCUGUCGAACGCCGACAAGGUGUUCGGAUACAUUGUGCAGGCGUUGGAGGCGGAGACUCUGCAGGGCCAGACAGCUGGUCGGGUGGCCAACUCGGCGAAGCAGUUGGUGGCCACGACGGGCUUGAACGCGGAUCAGAUUCUGGCCGGUGUGAACCCGGACAACCAGGCGGCGAUUCGCAGCUAUUUCAACUGAUUUUUUCUUCGAUAUCAUUAUGAGUUGAUGUUAGGGCUAUGGAAAUACCGGGUUCUUUUUUGUUACUUUGUACAGCGAUACAGGUGCUUGAUGCUUUACGUAGGUAGGGAGGAGCUACGUACUAGUUAUAAUUGAGCUAGAGAUCUAUUAUGUCGUGUCGUG